AUGGGGAAGAAGCGGACCCAUGCCGAAACCAAAGAUGGCUUUGCGAAGCCGCCGCCGGAUAGCAAUCGGACGAGCGUGAAGGGCGACAAGGACAAGCGCAAGCACGGAGAUCAGAAGGCGCGUUCUGCGUUGCUGUUCAAGGUGCAGCCAGAAUGGCACACGGUAGAGCUUCCACAGCUCCCCACCAUCGACAACCCCACGAUACCUCCACGCUACGUACUCGACGCGAUCCACGAAUAUGCCGACCAGCUUCUGGAGGCUGAGGCGGCCGAGUAUGCAGCGGUGCACUUGUCCAAAGACGCAUCGCAUCGCUUCAUGUCCUCUAUCAUGAAUGCCGGAACCAUGGAGGACAAGGUUUCAGCCCUGACCCUGUUAGUUCAGGAAUCGCCGCUGCACACCAUGAAGGCUUUUGAUCAGCUCCUGGGGCUUUCCAGGAAAAAGAGCAGGAGUGCGGCGAUGAUGGCCCUGGCUGCGCUGAAGGACCUUCUUGGCCAAGGUGUAUUGCUUCCACCUGACCGAAAGCUGAAGGCUUUUGCGCGGCAACCAGGCCUCCUGUCUGCUGUGCAGGGCAAGGGUGCGCAAUGGAAGACUGGCGAUAAACUACCAGGCGAGCUGCAGAAAAUACACUUGAUAGCCUGGGCGUACGAAGAUUGGCUGAAGAAGCAGUACUUUGAGAUGCUUAAAAUCUUGGAGACCUGGUCCAACGACGAAGUUGAAUAUUCGCGCAACCGAGCCGUCACUUUCGUUUGGGAGUUGUUGAAAGAAAAGCCCGAACAGGAAGAGAAUUUGCUGCGCCUGCUCAUCAACAAGCUUGGAGACAAGGAGAAGAAGGUCGCAUCGAGGGCAUCGUAUCUGCUGCUCCAGCUCCAGAUAACACAUCCCCUCAUGAAGAGUGUCAUUAUGAGCUCUAUCGAGUCGGACCUCAUCUUCCGUCCCAACCAAAGUGGAACCGCCAAGUACUACGCGGUCAUCACUCUGAACCAGACCGUUCUCAGCGUCAAGGAACAUGAGGUCGCGAACAAACUCCUGGAUAUGUACUUCACUCUCUUUUUGGGUCUGCUGAAGAAGCAGAAAGAGCAUGAGAAGGAAGAGAAGCGACUGAACAAGCACGGCCAUCUCCAAGGUGGUGGUGGUCAGCCUGGUAAGAUGGCAAAGAAGAAGGCCGAAAAGGCUGCCACAAACGCCUUCAUGGUCGAGGAUGAAUCGAGAGAGAAGCUUAUCUCCGCCAUUCUGACGGGCGUGAACCGCGCAUUUCCGUUUGCGAAGACGGACGACGCAAAGUUCGAGGAGAAGCUCAACACUCUCUACGAGGUCACGCAUUCGUCCAACUUCAACACCAGCAUCCAGGCCAUGACGCUCAUCCAGCAGAUUUCUGCCGCGAAGCACUACUCCGCAGACCGUUUCUACCGGACACUCUACGAAUCUCUUUUGGACCCACGGCUCAUCUCAACUUCCAAACACAUUAUGUUUUUGAAUCUGCUGUACCGGGCGCUCAAGGCCGACACGAGCGUCAAACGCGUCAAGGCCUUUGUGAAGCGCUUACUUCAGAUCAUCCACAUGCACGACCCUCCGUUCAUCUGUGGUGUCCUCUACUUAAUCAACGAGCUUAUUACUACUUUCCCUACCAUCAAGACGAUGUUGUCCACGCCAGAGGACCACGCCGAUGAUAGUGGGGACGAGCAUUAUGAGGACGUCGACGAAGAAGCGAAGGCGAAGUCAUCCGGUGAAAAGGGAGCGAAGCAGCCGACUUACGACGCCCGGAAACGAGAUCCAGAACACGCGCAGGCAGAUCUGUCAUGUCUAUGGGAGCUGCUGCCACUUCAAGCACAUUACCACCCCUCGGUUCACGUCCUCGCCUCGAGAAUUGUUAACCAAGAGCAAAUCAAGGAGAAGCCAGACCCCACGAUUUACACCUUGAUGAAUUUUCUCGACAAAUUUUCGUUUAAAAAUGCCAAGACCAAAUCACAGGCUGUUCACGGCUCCUCCAUUAUGCAGCCAAUGUCUGGUACAUCCAAGGCUACGGACUACCUUAUCACUGCGCGCGAUGGCGAUCGUACGCACGACCCGCUCAACUCAGAGCUGUUCUGGCGUAAGAAGGUCGAUGACGUGCGCGUCGACGAGGUCUUCUUCCACACAUACUUCGAGAAAGCAGGCAAAGCGAAGCAGGCGGACAAGAAGGCUAAGAAGAACAAGAAGGCAGACAGUGAUGACGAGAGCGGCGAGGAUGAAAUCUGGCAGGCGCUUGUCAAGAGCCGACCUGAUGUCGAGGGUGACGGUGGCGAUGACGAAGGCUUUAGUGAUCUUGACAUGGAAGACAUGAUGAGCGAUGACGAAGAUGGCGGUGUCAACAUGGAUGAGGGCGUCGAGCUGAACCUUGGUAGUGACGAUGACGAUGCUGGCGGUGCUGAGCCUGCGGACGAUGACGACGAGGAUGACUUUGAGAACUUCGACCUCGACGACGAGGACGGCUUCAUGGAUGAUGAGGAUGAGGUUCCUGUCGAUCUCAACAUGGACGACGAUACCGAUGUCGAUGAUGAUAAGAAGGGCGACAAGAAGAAGAGCAAGAAGAGGAAGCUCAAGCAUCUUCCCACAUUCGCAUCUGCUAGAAGACUACGCGAAGCUCAUUGGCGAUGA